CUCUUUAUGUCACACGAGUUCGUUUAAAACCCUCAUGGAAUCUGCAUCAUCCAUUGACGCCUGUCUGCAGGUACGACAACAUAUAGCCCGUACCUUAUUAAAUUGGCAAAUGAUUAUACUAUCACAAUCAUCAUUUUAUUUUGCCUACCGUUUCAUCAUAUGGCCGGGCUCUUUUCUCUCGCGCCCAAAUGCAUAAAAUGUGUCGGACAUUGGCGUAAUCUGGCGUUAGACUAUGUGAUGUUGAUUUAACACGGG